AUGAGCGUAGCGCGUCCAGCCGCCAGGAGGCUCCUCUCCGGACGCCUGGCCGCGGGGUCGGGCGCCGCUUCAUGCGCUGCUGCUCCGGCGACGACAACAUGCCACCAGCUCGGGUUCGCCCACCAGUUCCACAGCUCACCUCAGCUGUCGGCAAGGCGGAAACCGCGGUUCGCCAACGUUCGCGCCGCCGAUAUGGGCCUGAUGGACGAGAAGCAGAUCGACCAGUUCACCAAGGAGCAGUUCCCCAAGUACACGCAAGAGGAGAUCGACCACCUGCGGACAAAAUACUCGCCCGCCCAGAUCGCCGCCCUCGAGGCCGGUGAGGCCGCCAUAGACCCGCGCGACCUGACUGUGCAGGGCCGCCUCCGCGUUGACCCCUACACGAUGCCCUACAUCGACGACUUCGCCGAGACACAGCCCAUCAUCGACAAGCGGGCCAAGAACCAGGAGGCGCCCGACCCGCUGGCGCGCUUCAUGAACAUGGACGAGUUUACCGCGGACCUGGUCGAGUGGGCCGACAAGUUCCAGGAGGGCGACGUGACAGGAAAGCUUAAGACGCCGGCGGAUUUUGUGUCGGACGAGUUCAAAAAAAAGCCCGAGGGGCAGUGGCCGGGCGAGGUGCGUGAGGCGGCGCACAAGGCCUUCCAAAAUCACGGCCUGGACGACAUCGGUAUCUACCAGGACCUCAAGCGGCGCACGGGUUUGAGGGUCAAGGAUAUCCUCAACCUCCACUCCAAGCAGCUCGUCCAGCGCCGCGUGGCCAACCAGACGCGUUUGGGCAAGGUGCAGAAGGCAUCCAUCAUGUAUGUGGUCGGCAACGGCAACGGCUGGCUCGGCAUCGGCGAGGCCAAGUCGACCGAGCCGAGUAUUGCGGGGCUCAAGGCGCGCCUGCUGGCCAUCCGCAACAUGCGGCCGAUCCGGCGAUACGAGGACCGGACCAUCUACGGGUCGGUCACGGCCAAGGUGUCGGGCACCGUCGUCAAGAUGAACGCCCGCCCGCCAGGAUUCGGCCUCCGGGUGUCGCACCGCAUUUUCGAGAUGUGCCGCGCGGCCGGGAUCCAGGACCUCGCGGCCAACAUCCCGCGCUCGCGCAACCCCAUGAACACGGUCAAGGCGGCCUACUGGGCGCUCUGCAACCAGCCCGACCCGGAAAGGAUGGCUAUCGGCCGCGGUAAGAAGAUGGUGGACGUGCGAAAGGUGUACUACGGCGGGGCCACGUUGUAA